UUUGUCAUAUGUCACCUGGUCAGCUGACUUGAACUCGUGAGGUGAGGUGCAUGAAAAUAGUCCAAAAAAAUGUCUGGAAAGGAUAAGCUGCCAAUUUUCCCCUCAAGAGGGGCCCAAAUGUUAAUGAAAGCCAGGCUAAAGGGGGCCCAAAAGGGUCACAGUCUGCUCAAGAAGAAAGCGGACGCAUUACAGAUGCGGUUCCGCAUGAUUUUGAGUAAAAUUAUUGAGACUAAAACCCUCAUGGGUGAAGUGAUGAAAGAGGCGGCGUUUUCUUUGGCUGAAGCAAAAUUCGCAACCGGGGAUUUCAAUCAAGUGGUGCUACAGAACGUGACGAAAGCGCAGAUUAAAAUUCGGACAAAGAAAGACAAUGUAGCUGGUGUUACAUUGCCUGUCUUUGAGUGCUAUCAAGAUGGAACUGAUACAUAUGAACUCGCGGGGUUGGCUAGAGGAGGUCAGCAGUUGGCUAAACUGAAGAAAAAUUACCAAAGCGCUGUUAAGUUACUCGUUGAGUUGGCGUCAUUGCAGACGUCGUUCGUCACUCUGGACGAAGUUAUUAAAAUCACAAACAGAAGAGUAAAUGCCAUUGAGCAUGUGAUCAUUCCAAGGAUUGAGCGCACUUUGGCCUACAUCAUCUCUGAGCUAGAUGAACUUGAACGUGAGGAAUUCUAUCGCUUGAAAAAAAUUCAAGAUAAGAAAAAAAUCGCUCGCGCAAAGGCUGAUGCCGCAAAAGCGGCACUUCGUGAAAGUGAGCAGCUUAAAGAAGCCGCUAAUUUGCUAGAUGAAGGAGAUGAAGACCUCCUUUUCUAAUCUAUAAUUGUACUUUUUUAAUGUUUUCAAAAUAUUAAAAUUUUCUGUACAAAGUUAGCGUAAGCUUGCUUCAUUGUGAAUGAUAUUAUUUUGUUUUACAGUAUUGCACAUUAGAAACGUGUGUUAACUUCAUGCUUAUUGCUAAUUUAAGUCCAGGUCGGUUUAAGACCAGGUGUAUAAAUUUUUUGAAAGUGUUAGCGUAGGGGUCGUGAGGUGUCUGUUUUAUAGCAAUGAGACAAUAUUGCAUAUACUUUUUAGUUGUAAGUGUAAAGUUUUGUUGACGUUAAUUAAGUUCAGUUAAGCUAUUAAAAUAUGUAUCAAGUUAUCAAUAAAUAGUUGACAAAA